AUGUCUUAUCGACAGGUCAAAUAUUUUUCCUUUCCUGGCGAGCUGCUGAUGAGGAUGCUGCAGAUGUUGGUCCUGCCUCUAAUAGUGUCCAGUUUGGUGACUGGGAUGGCAUCUCUAGAUAGCAAAGCUUCAGGAAAGAUGGGCAUGCGGGCUGUGGUGUAUUACACUGUAACUACAUUCAUUGCUGUGUUUAUUGGAAUUGUUAUGGUGAUCAUCAUUCAUCCUGGCAAAGGCACAAAGGAAAAUAUGGAAUCUCAGGGGAAAAUUGAAAGGGUACAAGCUACAGAUGCUUUCUUGGAUCUAAUAAGGAAUAUGUUUCCUCCUAAUCUGGUAGAAGCCUGCUUCAAACAGUACAAAACACAGUACAACACAAAGGUUUACAAAGUGCCUGUCCCAUCUGAUGCGAACAUGACAGCAGUGACGGAGCAGACCCUAGAAGCUUUUAACAUCAGUGGCAUUUUAGACAAUGUGACUCGUGCCAUGGGACAACUACAGCAGAUGAUAGACUUGGAAGAGGUAGUGCCUGUGGCAGGCUCAUCAAAUGGAGUAAAUGCCUUGGGUUUGGUGGUCUUCUCCAUGUGCUUUGGACUUGUAGUUGGAAACAUGAAAGAAAAAGGAAGGGCUCUCAGGGAGUUCUUUGAUUGCCUUAAUGAGGCCAUCAUGAGGCUGGUGGCAAUUAUCAUAUGGUAUGCUCCAAUUGGUAUCAUGUUCUUGAUAUCAGGAAAGAUUCUGGAAAUGGAUGAUUUACUGGUUAUGGGAGGACAGCUAGGCAUGUAUACCAUAACUGUUAUCAUAGGACUCCUCAUACAUGCUUUGGUUGUACUCCCAUUGUUGUUCUUUAUUGUUACUCGAAGGAACCCAUGGCCAUUUAUUGGUGGCCUUCUUCAAGCUCUCGUUACUGCCCUGGGGACAUCAUCGAGCUCUGCCACUCUGCCCAUCACUUUCAGAUGUUUGGAGGAGAACAACGGUGUGGACAAGCGUGUCACUCGAUUUGUGCUGCCAGUGGGAGCCACCAUUAAUAUGGAUGGUACAGCCCUGUAUGAGGCACUAGCUGCUAUAUUUAUUGCACAAGUAAACAAUUACGAACUGAACUUUGGGCAAAUAAUCACAAUCAGCAUCACAGCAACUGCUGCCAGCAUAGGAGCAGCGGGUAUCCCUCAGGCUGGCCUGGUUACUAUGGUUAUAGUGUUGACAUCGGUGGGACUUCCCACAGAGGAUAUAACGCUCAUUAUCGCUGUGGACUGGUUCCUGGAUCGUCUCCGCACAACCACCAAUGUCCUAGGAGAUUCUUUAGGAGCUGGCAUUGUUGAACAUCUUUCUAAACAUGAGUUGCAAAAACAAGAUGCUGAGCUGGGAAACUCUGUUCUAGAGGAGAGUGAGAAGUCCUAUCAACUUAUAUACACAGAGAAUGACAUCCAGAAACACCCCAGUAGUGAAACAUGCAUGUGA